AUGAGCUCCUACCAGCAGAAGCAGCCCUUUGUCCCACCCCCUCAACUGCAGGAGCAGCAAGUGAAGCAGCCCUGCCAGCCUCCCCCCAAAGGAGAGCCGUGCCACCCAAAUGUCCCUCAGCCUGGGAACACCAAGACUCCAGAGCCAGGCUGCACCGUGGUCCCUCAACCAGGGUGCUACACCAAGGUCCCUGAGCCAGGCUGCACCGUGGCUCCUCAGCCAGGCUGCACCGUGGCCCCUCAGCCAGGCUGCACCAUCGCUCCUCAGCCAGGCUGCACUGUGGCUCCACAGCCAGGCCACACCGUGGUCCCUGAGCCUUUCCCCUCAAAAGUGGCUCCAGGCCCAGCUCAGCAGAAGACCAAGCAGAAGUGA